AUGGCAGUAUUAACAGAACUUAUUAACAAUUCUUGUAAAAAAUUAGAAAGUGAAAGUUAUGAAGAUAAUUUAGAACAGUUAAAGUCUAGGUUAUACUCAAAACUUUCAGGUGAAUUUCCAUUUAAUAGAUCUAUUGAGCACAACAUCAAAUUAAGAAAAGCAUUUGAUAAACUUUAUAAAAAUACUAUUUCUCAAGAAAUACAAAGUACAAGCAUUGAGCUAAAUCAAAAAGAAUAUCAAAUAUUAAAAGAAAAAUAUAACAAUGUUAUUAAACAAAUGAAUCAAUAUAAAUUUGAUAUUAUUGAAAUUAGAAAUAUUAUUGAAGGUAACGAUAAAUCUACUACUUCUUUCAAUCAACUUAAUAAUAGUUGUGAAACAUUUUAUGAUUUAAAACAGGAUAUUCAAAAAAUUAAAGAAUUUUGUAUUCAGUUCACUACAUUAGAAAGACAAGAAUCAUUUGAAACACCAUUAAUUUCUACUCCACCACUAAAUAUUCCUCAAGACAGAAGAAGUUAUAUUCCUGAUGAAGAAGAAAUAAAAGAACUUGAAGGGUAUGAUCCAAACAUCACAGUUGAUGAAGCCAAGAGAAGAAAUUUACUUAAAGAUGUUAAAGAAAUUAAAGCUGCUUUAGAAGCUAGUUUAGUCUCAAAUCAAAUGAUUCAAAAUAAAAUUGCACAAGAACAAAAAGAAAUUAGAAUACGUAAUGGAAUCAAAGAAGAUAAAAAAACUUCUGAAGAUGAAGAAUUAGAAAAAGACAUUUCUCAAAUGGAGAAAGAGUUAGAAAGUAAUGGUCAAUAUAUUCAGAAAGAAAUUGAUAAUCAAACACUUAUUAGAACUGACAUUAGUAUUGUAGAAACAUGGGAUUUUAGUCAACUUCAUGAAUAUCAAAAUUCACUAGUUCAAGAAUAUUCUAGGUCUUGUAUUCGACAUAAUUUCUUAUAUGGUAAAGAAAGAUUAAUGGCAUCUAUACUUGAAGGUAAAAGUAAGAGUGAAGAAUGGAAGAAAAGUAUUGAGUUGGUUAUUAAAAAUGCUGAUUAUCACUACCUAGUAAAUGAGAUGAAUGAGAUUAGAAAAAGUAGAGAAGGUAUUAUUGAAAAAAGAGAAAGUGUCAAAAUGCAAGAACGGGCAUAUGAAAGAAAGAAAGCUAUUUCAAGUGGAAGACGAAGUGUUAGUAAUAUUCAAGAAGAAGCAUGUGACGAUAUUAAGAGGCAGGUUGAAGAGAAAAGAAGAGAAGUUGAAAAUAUGUUAGAUAAGUAUGAUGAAAAAUUAAGUUCAAUAAAGAAAAGAGAAAGAGAGUUAGUGGAUAAUGCUGCUGAUGAGAAUGAAGUUCAUAACGUUAGUCAACUUCAAAAUAAAAAGAAAGAAAGGUUCACAUUAUAUAGACAAGACCAAAAGAAGAGUAUUCAAGAUAUGAAACUUGGAGAAUUAAGAAGUGAAUAUGAAAGACUUGAGAUAAUGAAAAAUGAAAUUAUUAGAAAAGAAAAAGUUAUGGAAGAAUAUGAAAAAGAAUUAACCAACGCUGAAAAAUGGAGAGAUAAACAUCAAGAAGAAAUUCUUAAGAAUAGGAUUGAAAAAAGAAUUGAUGAAGAAGAAAAUAAAAUUCAAAAUGAAAGAAAAAAAGCAGAAGAGAGAAUCCAAAAUGGUGAAGAAGAUACAGAACAAUAUAAAGGAGAUAUUGAACUAUUAACUACUCAAUGUAAUAAUGAAAAACAAAAAAAAGAUGAGCUUUUACAAGAGACUAUUGAUUUAUGGAAGAAAUUAAGAGAACGAGCAGGAAUUACUAGAGACGAACACGACCAACAAACACAAAAAGAUUACGAAGAAAGUGUGAAAAGAGUCCAAGAAUUAAAAAAUAGUAUUGGAAGGGAAUUAACUUUAAAAGAACAAUGGUACAAAGCUAAAUAUGACUAUAUAAAUAUUCCUAUUAGUAUAUCAAGAAUUAUGGGAUAUAAAGAACGAUGGGAAAAUGAAUACAAUAACAAAUUAGAUGGCACAGGAUUAUUUGUUAAUGUAGAAAAUGUUGAAAAAUAUAAUGAAUCUGUUAAUGAAGAGAAAUUUUAUGAGUCUGUUAAGAAUGGAACUGUUGAAGAAUUAAUGAAUAAGAUAGUUGAAGUUCCUGAUAAAGAAACAAGUGAAGAAGAAUAUAUUGAAUCAGAAGAUGAAGAUUUAGAAAAUGAAGAAGAAAAAUUAGAAAACGAAAAAGGUGAUAUAACAACAAAACAAAUGAAACACUUUAAACCAUUUGAUGAAGAUGAUGUUCAACCUUAUGAAAAGAAACCAUUUACACCAAUUGAUGUUCCUGUUCUUUCUCAACAACCAAGUACUCUUGGAGAAGAAAUAGAAAGUACAAGCCAAUGGUUCCAAGCUGAUCCAGAUGAUGUAUUUGCAAAGAAUAAAGAAGAAUUUGUUCAACAAAUGGUAUCUGUUAGAGAUCAAUUGAAUGGCUUAAUUAUUGAAUGUAUUGGAUUGAUGGGAAUGCAUACUGUUGAUGAUAUAAAUGAAGAACCAGAAUCAACUAACAACAACAACCAUUAA